GCAUGAAAACAGACCAAGACUUUGAGUUAGAUCAGUAUGUGAAAGUGCAUUUGUGGGUGACAAAAUGGCGAUGUCAGAACAGCUUGAAACUGAAGGAGGCUGUUCCUCCAAGUCAUUCAAGCUGUACUCCCCCAAGGAGCCCCCCAACGGUAGCACUUUUCCCCCUUUCCACCCCGGCACCAUGCUGGACAGAGACGUGGGUCCCACCCCAAUGUAUCCUCCCACAUACCUGGAGCCCGGAAUAGGGAGGCACACACCAUAUGGCAACCAGACAGACUACAGAAUAUUUGAACUCAACAAAAGGCUACAGAACUGGACAGAGGAGUGUGACAACCUGUGGUGGGAUGCAUUUACUACAGAGUUCUUUGAAGAUGACGCUAUGUUGACUAUUACUUUCUGUCUGGAGGAUGGACCCAAACGUUACACAAUUGGCCGGACGUUGAUUCCAAGGUACUUCCGGAGUAUAUUCGAGGGCGGUGCCACUGAGCUCUACUAUGUGCUGAAACAUCCCAAGGAGUCCUUCCACAAUAACUUUGUCUCCCUUGACUGUGAUCAGUGCACUAUGGUCACCCAGAAUGGAAAGCCCAUGUUCACACAGGUGUGUGUAGAAGGGCGAUUGUACCUGGAGUUUAUGUUUGACGACAUGAUGAGGAUAAAGACGUGGCACUUCAGCAUCAGACAACACCGUGAACUCAUCCCCCGCAGUAUACUGGCCAUGCAUGCCCAGGACCCACAGAUGCUGGACCAGCUGUCCAAAAACAUAACAAGAUGUGGCCUGUCGAACUCCACCCUUAACUACCUCCGACUGUGUGUGAUUCUGGAGCCCAUGCAGGAGCUGAUGUCCAGACACAAGACAUACAGCCUCAGCCCCAGAGACUGCCUCAAGACCUGCCUCUUCCAGAAAUGGCAGAGGAUGGUGGCACCACCCGCUGAGCCAUCAAGACAGGCGCCAAACAAAAGGCGGAAGCGUAAGAUGUCAGGUGGCAGCACCAUCAGCGGAGGUGGAGGAACUAAUAAUAACAACAACAACAAAAAGAAGAGCCCCGGCAGUGGCUUCCCUCUGUCCAGCCAAGUUCCAGAUGUGAUGGUGGUGGGAGAGCCCACACUGAUGGGGGGAGAGUUUGGCGACGAAGAUGAGCGUCUGAUCACACGGCUGGAGAACACGCAGUUCGACGCGGCCAACGGCAUUGACGACGAGGACAGCUUCAACAACUCUCCGGCGCUGGGCUCCAACUCGCCCUGGAACAACAAGGCCCCCUCCAGCCAGGAGAGCAAGAGCGAUAACCCCACCUCACAGGCAUCGCAGUAGAGCCCAGAGUCCUUCAACCUCAACACGAACCCCGUCUCUGCCACUCCUCAGACCUCACCCCAACCCACCCCGACAGCCACGAGUGCUACAGUCCAUCGGCCAGACAUCACAGUAGAGCUCAGCACAUCCGUUGCUGUGACUCCCUCAUAUUUAGGCAACACCUCCUUUUCCUCAUCUCACAUUCAAAAUGUCCCAUCUGCUCUCGCUACUUUUCAGUUUGGACAGCGACCGUGUUGAUGUAAUCGAGGAGGCGCAGGGAUUGAAUCCAGGCGAGAACUGUGCACACUGAACUACCCAUACUGAAGUCCACAUGUAGGAAGGGGCGGGGUGGAGGGGAUGGUGGCAUCGGGGGUUGGAAAUGGUGGCGAGUUGCUUAGGGACCACUUGCCCACCCGUCCUCUGAACAUGGCUCUCAAUUCUGGUCUGCUCCGUUGAUGCACAAGUCGCUCGUGAUGUCUGUUCAUAGAGUAUAUGUGUGUGCGUUUGUGUGAAGUGUGUGAGGAGAGAAAAGAGGCAGCGUGAGCUUAUCUGUGGCUUUGCUGAGGCCGACAGACCAGAAUUUAGAGUCAGUCUGUAAAACCAUUGAAAUUCACACACGUGUAGGAGAGCUGAAAUGUGGCACUAGGGAAACAUCAUACAUCUACACACACGAAUAAACAUAAUGAUUGAAGGAUUUUGAGUCCCCUAGUGCCAGAGCCAUCUCUGAUUAGACUACAAUGGAUGCAGUCUUUCAAACAGAGAGCAUUUACAACACACACACACACACACACACAGACACACACACACACACAGACACUCACACACACACA